UCCAACAACAUCGAGCACCUUCACUUCUGCUGCCAGUUCUGCAAGUGGAGCCUCUUCAGAUACCAAGAUGGCAUCCGGUCUGUCCUUCAUUGUUGUCCUCUGUGGGCUGUGGAUGGGAGCAAAUGCACGAUGCUGCGAUGACAACGAGCCCUGUGUGAUGUGUCCAUCUGGAUGGACUCAAUUUGGCGAGCGCUGUUUCAUGUACCAAGCGGCCCCAAAAGACUGGGCUGAUGCAGAGACUCAUUGCCUCAACGCUGGUGGCAAUCUGGUCUCCUACCACAGCCAAGCCGAGUAUGACUUCAUCAUUGGCAUGAUCAGAAGAAUUACUGGAACCAACCAAAGAAUCUGGGCUGGAGGCCAAGAUACCGCCAAGGUUAAUGUGUGGAUGUGGAGCAACGGACACAAGUUUAACUAUGCCAACUGGGGACCUGGAGAGCCCAACAACGGAGGUAGAACUGAGCAUUGCAUGGAGUUGAACUGGCGAAACAAACCCAACGAUCACCAGUGCUAUCACAAGAAGCCCUUCAUGUGCGCUAUGGACCUGGAAUGAUGUGUAGCGCAUGAUGCUACUUCUGCCAUCACAAGGCCAUUUGGGUGUUAAAAGUUCAUUUUCAAAUGUCCCAAUAAAAGUUGUGG